AUGGCAGGAAAAGGUGAAGGACAAGCAAUCGGAAUCGAUCUCGGAACGACGUAUUCAUGCGUCGGCGUUUGGCAGCAUGACCGUGUUGAGAUCAUCGCCAACGAUCAGGGAAACAGGACAACUCCGUCCUACGUCGGCUUCACCGACAUGGAGCGUCUCAUCGGAGAUGCGGCCAAGAAUCAGGUGGCCAUGAACCCGAUCAACACCGUCUUUGAUGCAAAGAGGCUGAUCGGAAGAAGAUUUUCCGAUUCGUCUGUUCAGAGCGAUAUCAGGUUGUGGCCUUUUAAGGUCAUCCCUGGAGCCGGUGAAAAGCCAGUGAUUGUUGUUACCUACAAGGGCGAAGAAAAGCAAUUUUCAGCCGAGGAGAUCUCUUCCAUGGUGCUGAUUAAGAUGAAGGAGAUAGCCGAGGCUUACCUUGGUACAACCGUGAAGAAUGCUGUGGUGACAGUUCCGGCUUAUUUUAAUGAUUCCCAACGUCAAGCUACCAAGGAUGCCGGAGCUAUCGCCGGUCUCAAUGUCUUGCGAAUCAUUAACGAACCCACCGCUGCUGCCAUUGCUUAUGGUCUGGACAAGAAGGCAACCAGUCUCGGCGAGAAAAACGUGCUGAUUUUCGACCUCGGAGGCGGAACGUUUGAUGUUUCGAUCCUCACCAUUGAGGAUGGCAUAUUUGAGGUUAAGUCCACAGCUGGAGACACACAUCUUGGAGGUGAAGAUUUUGACAAUAGAUUGGAGAAUCACUUUGUUCAGGAAUUUAAGAGGAAGAACAGGAAAGAUAUCAGCGGUAACCCUCGGGCGCUUAGAAGGUUGCGUACCUCUUGCGAGAGAGCAAAGCGGACACUUUCAUCCACUGCUCAGACAACCAUUGAGAUUGAUUCACUUUUCGAAGGCAUUGAUUUCUAUUCAACCAUCACUCGGGCCAGGUUCGAGGAACUCAAUAUGGAUCUGUUCCGAAAAUGUAUGGACCCGGUGGAGAAGUGUUUGAGGGAUGCCAAGAUGGACAAGAACUCCAUUCACGAUGUUGUUCUUGUUGGGGGUUCUACUAGAAUCCCCAAAGUCCAACAACUCCUUCAGGACUUCUUCAAUGGGAAAGAGCUUUGCAAGAGCAUCAACCCGGACGAGGCGGUUGCUUAUGGUGCUGCAGUCCAAGCUGCGAUUCUGAGUGGUGGUGAGGAUAAUGAGAAGGUGAAAGAUAUCUUGCUUUUGGAUAUCGCCCCGCUUUCUCUCGGUCUUGAAACCGCGGGUGGCCUCAUGACUAUUUUGAUUCCAAGCAAUACUACCAUUCCCACCAAGAAGGAGCAGGUUUUCUCGACAUACUCCGACAACCAACCCGGUGUGUUGAUUCAGGUGUAUCAGGGAGAGAGGGCGCGGACUCAGGACAAUCACUUGCUGGGUAAAUUCGAGCUUUCGGGCAUUCCUCCGGCUCCAAGGGGUGUUCCACAGAUUUCGGUGUGUUUUGACAUCGACGCCAAUGGCAUCCUAAACGUGUCUGCUGAGGAGAAGACCACUGGAAAGAGGAACAAGAUCACCAUUACUAAUAACGAAGGUAGGCUUUCCAAGGAAGAAAUCGAGAGGUUGCAACAAGAAAGGGAGAAAUUCAAGGCAGAGGAUGAAGAGCACAGGAAGAAGGUUGAGGCCAAGAAUGCCUUGGAAAACUAUGUCUACAACAUGAGAAACACGGUGAAGGAUGAGAAAGUCGGUUCCAAGCUCGCCCCGGCUGACAAGAAUAAGAUUGAGGAUGCUGUUGAGGCCAGCAUCCAGUGGCUGGAGAGCAACCAACUUGCUGAAAUUGAUGAGUUUGAGGACAAAAUGAAGGAGCUGGAAGGGGUUUGCAACCCGAUCAUCGCCAAGAUGUACCAAGGUGCUGAUGGUGCUGCAUCCAUGGAUAACAGCAGUGUUCCUUCUUCCGCUGGAGCUGGUCCCAAGAUUGAAGAGGUCGACUAAGUAUUGAGUUUCUCAUUGGUCUUUCGUGGGAGCAUUUGCUUAAUCUUGUUUCAGUUUUUAGUGUUAUUUAGAGUUUAAGAACAUUAAAUAAAC